CAUUUUUAUAAUAACAACUUAAUAAAUAAAUCCUCAUCCUGUAAUCACACUCGACUGCGAUUGGCCCAUUCUGACCAGCGCCGAGAAAAGGAGCAGUUACCACGUGACCACAGAAUAUCACUUUAAGGAACCUCGAUGAGUAGCGGUGUCGUUUUCUCGCUGGUUGAGGUGACGUUCGCUUUUAUUUAUGAUUAUCGGUUAUUUAAACUUCGACCGGACUGUUCUUUUGGUCCUUACACCAGUAGUGUUGUUUGCAAUGUCUUCAGGCGCUGGUGAAAAAUAUGUUUCUGUAGAUUUUGAAGUGUUCGGGAAUGUUCAGGGUGUUUGCUUCAGAAUGUAUACUGAGGCAGAGGGGAAGAAACUGGGAGUGACUGGUUGGGUAAAGAACACUAGAGAGGGUACUGUGGUUGGACAGGUGCAAGGACCCCCUGAGAAAGUUAAACAAAUGAAGUACUGGCUUAGCAACGUGGGCAGUCCCAGCUCUCGAAUCCACCGCGCUCAAUUCACCAAUGAGAGAGACAUCUCCAAACUGGAGAUUCACGGAUUUGGCACUCGCUACUGAAACCCUCCCAGUUUGUUCAGCUCAGACUGUUUGAGUUUCAGUCUUGACCAACAAAGAACACAAACAUUGGUAGAGAUGCUAACCAGAUCUAACCUGAACUGACACUUUAAAAGAAACAAAUCCUUCAAAGAAAAAUUCACCAAAAAUGAAAAUUAUGUCAUCAUUUACUCACACUCAUAUUGCUCCAAACCCAUAUGACUUUAUUUCUUUCUUCCAUGGAACAGAUUUAAUAUACAGUGCUGUUGAAUCCUUUUUGAUCAGCCUGAGCUCAUAGAAAUUAUGUGACUGUCGCGACAUUUUUGCAAAAUGAUAUUUCGCGGUUCAUUACAUGUAUCGCAGCAGGUCCAAGGUGAAAUCUCCACUGUGUGGUGCUAAAAGUGAGUAAAAUGUUCUCUUAAACCAUUGAGGUUUUUAAGGUUAAUGCUCUAUUGAGUUUUAAAUCAAUAAAACCGACCUCCCUACCCUAAACCUAAACCUAACGGAAAAAGCAAUGGUGAGAUGAAAAACGCAAUGGAUUGAGCUUGAACAAGCUUGUAAAUGUAGUAGGUUAUGUAAUGCAAAUGUUAAAAUAUAUUAGCCGUUAUAGUAAAAGUGUUUAGAUGACAUAAGAUAGCAUUGUGUGAGGAACAGGGCUAAAAGUAGGUGUUUAUGAACUGAUAAUCUGCCGUUUACUCGUGAUUUGUGUGAAAGUGAAUAAAAAUCGUUGUUGUUGUAGUGCCUCCAGUUCUCGUUUCACUAUUAUUCACUUGUUUUUAUUGUUGCUUGUGUUUGUACUGUGUACUACUGUUCUGCUAUCUUCAAGGGUUGCCAAACUUAAUUUCAUUGUGUUGUAUACAAUGACAAUAAAGCAUCUUAACUCUUAAGGAAACUGCCGCUGUACGUACCAAGUAAAAAUCAUUUUGCAAAAAUGUUGGUAUAGUAACGUGAUUCUAUGAGACCAGGUUGUUUUUAAUGAUUGAAAGCUCUAGUCCUCAUUCAUAGUAAUUGCAUGGAAAAAAGCGACCAGUACAUUCUUCAAAAUCUCUCUUUUUGGGUUCCAGAAAGUAAUUAAUUUGGAUUUGGAAUGCAUGAGGGUGAGUAAAUGAUGAUAUCAUUUUCUUUUUCGGCUGAACUAUUCUUUUAACCACUAAUUAUGUUUACUGUUAAAUGUAUAUUAGCAUAUUUUUGUAAGUACAAAUGAAUUGUUAGAUAUAACCCAACAUCCUGCUUCCUAACAAAAUACAAACAAGGAAUGGUUGCCAGUAUUAUUUUACUUGAACAGCCAAUUAAAACUCAUCCUGAAAUAUAAUAUAUGAAAUGGUGAUAACUAAUAAAACUCCAUCAGUACACAAAA